GUAUGGUCCUCUAAUGCUGGGGCCAGCCUGGGACCCCGAGUCCCAGAGGAAGAGAACGGUGCAGAACGUGCUGGACCUUCGGCAGAAUCUGGAGGAGACCAUGUCCAGCCUGAGAGGCUCCCAGGUAUCUCACAGCUCUUUGGAGAUGACCUGCUACGACAGCGACGAAGCCAACCCCAGGAGCAUGUCCAGCCUGUCCAACCGCUCCUCCCCCCUGUCCUGGCGCUACGGUCAAUCCAGCCCCCGGCUGCAGGCCGGGGACGCUCCCUCAGUGGGUGGGAGUUGCCGGUCGGAAGGUACCCCCAGCUGGUACAUGCAUGGCGAGCGGGCGCAGUAUUCCCACACCAUGCCCAUGCGCAGCCCCAGCAAGCUGAGCCACAUCUCCCGGCUGGAGCUCGUCGAGUCGCUGGACACCGACGACAUGGAUCUGAAGUCCGGGUACAUGAGCGACAGCGACCUGAUGGGGAAGACCCUGACGGAGGAUGACGACAUCACCACGGGUUGGGAUGAGAGCAGCUCCAUCAGCAGCGGCCUCAGCGAUGCCUCGGACAACCUCAGCUCAGAAGAGUUCAACGCCAGCUCCUCUCUCAACUCCCUCCCGUCCAGCCCCACGGCUUCCCGGCGGAACUCAGCCAUAGCGCUGCGCACGGACUCGGAGAAGCGCUCGCUGGCCGAGAGCGGGCUGAGCUGGUACAGCGAGGCGGAGGAGAAGGGCCCGAAGAAGCUGGACUACGACAGCGGCAGCCUCAAGAUGGAGCACGGCACCUCCAAGUGGCGGCGGGAGCGGGCUGAGAGCUGUGACGAGACCCCUGCCAAGGGUGGGGAGCUGAAGAAGCCCGUCAGCCUGGGCCCGCCGGGGUCCCUGAAGAAGGGCAAGACGCCCCCUGUGGCAGUGACCUCGCCCAUCACCCACACGGCCCAGAGCACCCUCAAAGUGGCAGGCAAACCUGAAGCUAAAGCCACUGACAAGAGCAAGCUGUCUGUGAAGAACGCAGGCCUGCAGCGCUCUUCCUCCGAUGCUGGCCGGGAUCGGAUCGGGGAUACCAAGAAGCCUCCCUCAGGGCUCGCCCGGCCCUCUACCUCUGGCUCCUUUGGCUACAAGAAGCCACCUCCUGCCACUGGCACGGCUACAGUGAUGCAGGCGGGUGGCUCGGCCACGCUCGGCAAGAUCCAGAAGAGCUCCGGCAUUCCUGUCAAGCCUGUCAAUGGGAGGAAAACCAGCCUGGAUGUCUCCAAUGCCGGGGAGCCUGGCUUUCUGGCCCCUGGGGCUCGCUCCAACAUCCAGUACCGGAGCCUGCCGCGGCCGGCCAAAUCCAGCUCCAUGAGCGUUACAGGCGGGCGUGGCGGGAACCGGCCUGUGAGCAGCAGCAUCGACCCCAGCCUCCUAAGCACCAAGCAAGGGGGCAUCUCAGUGUCACGGCUCAAGGAGCCUUCCAAGAUCGGCACGAGCCGGAGCACACCAGCGCCGGUGAACCAGACAGACCGCGAGAAGGAGAAAGCCAAAGCCAAGGCCGUGGCCCUGGACUCUGAGUGCAUCUCGCUGAAGAGCAUUGGCUCCCCCGAAAGCACCCCCAAGGCCCAAGCCAGCCACCCCCCUGCUGCCAAAGUGGCCGAGCUGCCCCCAACGCCGCUCAGGGCACCUGCCAAGAGCUACGUGAAGCCCCCUUCCCUGGCCAACUUGGACAAGGUCAACUCCAACAGCCUGGACCUGCCCUCCUCCAGUGACUUGCCCCAGCCCCACGCCAGCAAGCUGCAGGACCUGCACCCGGCAGCUGGGCACCUCACGCCCUGCUUUGCCCCCAGCCCGGCCCCCAUCCUCAACAUCAACUCAGCCAGCUUCUCCCAGGGCCUGGAGCUCAUGAGCGGCUUCAGCGUCCCCAAGGAGGGCAGGAUGUACCCCAAGCUCUCAGGCCUGCACCGCAGCAUGGAGUCCCUGCAGAUGCCAAUCAGCCUGCCCAGUGCCUUUUCCGGGAGCAGCGCCACCACCCCUGCCCCUGCUGCCACCCCUCCCGUCAGCACAGAGGAGGAGACCAGCGAGCAGGGCUGGACUGGCAGCCCCAGAGCUGCACAUCUGGACAGCACCAACCGCGACCGGAACACGCUGCCCAAGAAGGGCCUGAGGUACCAGCUCCAGUCCCAAGAAGAGACCAAGGAAAGGCGCCACUCCCACACGAUUGGUGGGCUCCCGGAAUCAGACGACCCAUCAGAGCUGCCCUCGCCUCCCGCCCUCUCUGUGUCCUUGGCCGGGAAAAGCCCACUCACGAAUAUUGUGAGUCCCACCUCUGCAACCACUCCACGGAUCACCCGUUCCAACAGCAUCCCCACCCACGACUCCGCCUUCGAGCUCUACAGCACCUCCCAGAUGGGCAGCACCCUCUCCCUGGCAGACAGACCCAAGGGCAUGAUCCGCUCGGGCUCCUUCCGGGACCCCGCGGACGACGUUCACGGAUCAGUGCUGUCCCUGGCCUCCAGCGCCUCCUCCACCUACUCCUCAGCGGAGGAGAGGAUGCAAUCCGAGCAAAUCCGCAAGCUGCGCCGGGAGCUGGAGUCAUCCCAGGAGAAGGUGGCGACCCUGACAUCUCAGCUGUCAGCCAACGCUAACCUGGUGGCGGCCUUUGAGCAGAGCCUGGUGAACAUGACGUCCCGUCUGCGCCAGCUGGCAGAGACCGCGGAAGAGAAGGACACGGAACUGCUGGACCUGCGGGAGACCAUCGACUUCUUGAAGAAGAAGAACUCGGAGGCCCAAGCCGUGAUCCAAGGAGCUCUGAACGGGACCGACAUCACGCCCAAAGAGCUGCGCAUCAAGAGGCAGAACUCCUCCGACAGCAUCUCCAGCCUCAACAGCAUCACCAGUCACUCCAGCAUCGGCAGCGGCAAGGAUGCCGACGCCAAGAAGAAGAAGAAGAAGAGCUGGGUAUAUGAGCUCCGGAGCUCGUUCAACAAGGCCUUCAGCAUCAAGAAGGGCCCAAAGUCAGCCUCCUCCUACUCAGACAUCGAGGAAAUCGCCACCCCUGACUCCUCAGCCCCGUCCUCUCCCAAGCUGCAGCACGGCUCCACUGAGACCGCCUCGCCCUCCAUCAAGUCCUCCAACUCCUCCUCCGUGGGCAUCGAUGCCACUGAGCUCUUCCAGGCCACCGAGGAGGAAGAAGAGCCAGAGAAGAAGGAGGUGUCAGAACUGCGCUCAGAGCUGUGGGAAAAGGAGAUGAAACUGACUGACAUCCGGCUGGAGGCUCUGAACUCAGCCCACCAGCUGGACCAGCUCCGUGAGACCAUGCACAACAUGCAGUUGGAGGUGGAUCUUCUGAAGGCUGAGAAUGACCGGCUCAAAGUGGUCCCAGGGCCUUCGUCGGUGCCAGGCUCCAUGCCCGGGCACCUCAGGAGCACGUCAGCCUCCUCAUCCCCACGGCGCUCACUGGGCCUCGCCCUCACUCAAUCCUUCAGCCCUGGCUUGGCAGAUACAGACCUGUCACCGAUGGACGCUGUGGGGGCCCAGAAGGAUGAGGUGACGCUGCGGAUUGUCGUGCGCAUGCCGCCCCAGCACAUCAUCAAAGGGGACUUAAAGCAGCAGGAAUUCUUCCUGGGCUGCAGCAAGGUGAGCGGGAAGGUGGAUUGGAAGACGCUGGAUGACGCCGUCUGCCAGGUGUUCAAGGACUAUGUCACCAAGAUGGACCCCGCCUCCACGCUGGGGCUGAGCACCGAGUCCGUGCAUGGCUACAGCAUCAGCCACGUGAAGAGGAUCCUGGACACGGAGCCCCCGGAGCUGCCCCCCUGCCGGAGGGGCGUGACCAGCAUUGCCGUGGUGCUCAAAGGCCUGAAGGAGAAGUGCGUGGACAGCCUGGUGUUUGAGACCCUCAUCCCGAAGCCCAUGAUGCAGCACUACAUAAGCCUCCUGCUCAAGCACCGGCGCCUCAUCCUCUCGGGGCCCAGUGGCACGGGCAAGACCUACCUGACCAACCGGCUGGCCGAGUACCUGGUGGAGCGCUCAGGCAGGGAGGUCACCGAGGGCAUCGUCAACACCUUCAACAUGCACCAGCAGUCGUGCAAGGACCUACAACUGUACCUCUCCAACCUGGCCAAUCAGAUCGACCGGGAGACGGGCAUCGGGGACGUGCCAUUGGUCAUCCUCCUUGAUGACCUCAGCGAGGCCGGCUCCAUCAGCGAGCUUGUCAAUGGAGCACUCACCUGCAAAUACCACAAAUGCCCCUACAUCAUCGGGACGACCAACCAGCCCGUGAAGAUGACCCCAAACCAUGGCCUGCAUCUCAGCUUCAGGAUGCUGACAUUCUCCAACAAUGUGGAGCCAGCCAAUGGCUUCUUGGUCCGUUACCUGCGCCGGAAGCUGCUUGAGUCGGACAGUGACAUCAAUGCCAACAGGGUGGAGCUGCUGCGGGUGCUGGACUGGGUGCCCAAGCUCUGGUACCACCUGCACACCUUCCUGGAGAAGCACAGCACCUCAGACUUCCUCAUUGGCCCCUGCUUCUUCCUCUCCUGUCCCAUCGGGAUUGAGGAUUUCCGGACCUGGUUCAUCGACCUGUGGAAUAACUCCAUCAUCCCCUACCUGCAGGAGGGGGCGAAGGAUGGGAUCAAGGUCCAUGGCCAGAAAGCAGCCUGGGAAGACCCCGUGGAGUGGGUCCGGGACACCCUGCCCUGGCCAUCAGCGCAGCAGGACCAAUCGAAGCUGUACCACCUGCCCCCACCCAGCGUGGGACCCCACACCAUAGCCUCCCCCCAAGAGGAACGGACUGUCAAAGAUACCACGCCCAGCUCCUUGGACUCUGACCCCCUGAUGGCCAUGUUGCUGAAGCUCCAGGAAGCAGCCAACUACGUCGAGUCUCCGGACCGAGAGACCCUGAUGGAUCCCAACCUGCAGCCAACGCCGUGAGGCCUUACCGCACCAGGAAGGGGAGCUCGCCGUCCUCGGCCGCCAGCUGGUUUUGCUUUUCAUUUGGUCUCCUGGGAGUGCGCGGCCGGGCCUGGAAAGCGGCGGGGACGUGAGGCUCUGGCACGUCCCCUUUGGGCAUGGGGGCAGCGGGGCUCAGCCCCCAAGAGUGCAAGGCACCCGCCUCCCAGCCUGCCUCUGGUGGUAGGAGAAUGCUGGUUUCUCUUCUUGGUUUUUCUGUCUCUGUCGCAAACUCCUGGGGAUUGGGGGCCGAAUGCAGCCAACACAGACUCCCCGGCACCAACGGGCAGGCACCUGCAUGGGGCGGGGACUCCUCCCAGGGUCCAGCAGGGGGGCCAGGAGGAGCAUGCAGCCCCAGAACAAGAGGAUUUUUUAUUUUAAUGAAAUAAUCUUCGGGGCAAAGAGAAGAACAAAUUCCUGAUGAACGUGUCUGAGUCUCGCUGUCAGAGACCCACUGGCUUCCGCUGUCUCCCAUGCCAACCACCCCACAAACUCCAGUGCAAGCGAAGGCCUGGGAGGAGGAGGCGGACUCUCAGCUCUGUCUUUGUACGUCCCUUAUUUAAUCUGCAUGACCGUCAUUUAAACCAGGAGUUCCCAACAAACCCUGCUUUGGUUAGAUUAUUUCCCCCUGCCCCCACCCACCCAUUUGAUUUGGACAGAGUUCAGCUCUUCCUUUGUUCCUCUGGUUCUGGUUGGUUCCUCCUCGUUGCUGCGGCCCGAGGAGGGUCAGGCAGCCUCAUAUUGAGUUGAUUCCUUUUUUCCAUUUCCGUUGGACUUGUUUAUUUUUGUUGCUGUUUUUGUUUUUCUCUCCCCCUGCCCCCAGUCACCUUGGUGAUGAAACUGGUGCUGACUGGAUGCUCUCCAGUAACUGAUUUCCCCCCUCACAGCUCCUGUCAGGCUCAGUGUGGCUUCAGGCGGCAGCACGACGCUCACAAAGAAGCACAACUGGCUUUGGGAGGUUCCCCUCCCCACUCCCCACUUUGUGACACCCAUCUUCCAUAAGCACAAGAUGCCCGUAGCCGGGGGCUAGGCCCUGGCAGUGGGAGCUGAGAGACAGUGCUACUGCGGCCCCUGGUGGCUCAAGUCGAAGGGAGUAGCCAGAGAUGGUGACAAUCUCCCACCAAGCCAGCAGAGCUGGUAGUGUCCGUCCCCCAUGAGUGUUCGCGGCUGGCUAGGGUAGAGGGUGGCAGGACAUUGAGGCGAGGGGCUGGCAGAGGUGGCCCUGCCUAUGACACAUCUCCAUGCAUGGUUAGUGCAUGCAGAGCUCUUGCUCCGUGCCCAGCAUAGAGAUCUCAGUAGCCGUUAGGUGGCAUCUAGACAAGGGGUGGGCAGCAUAUGGUUCUCUUUCCUCCAUGCACAGCAACAGGGGAACCAGGGAACGAGCCCCCUCCACCUCCCCCAGUCAGCGCCCUUGGAGAACCCUUCCUCGUUUCCCUCCGGCUCCAGGACAGGCUGGGAGCGUUGGCUUAGGUCCAUUCAUGCGGUGAGUUCAGUACCGCUGGUGUGCAUUACAUUGCAGGGGUCUCUCGUCUCAGGAGUUCCAAGUUGGUUUGGAUGGCACCAUCCCACAUCUGUCAUCGAUAGCUUUCUGGAUAUCAGAAGGCCAUGAAAUAGCCUGAGAUAGCAGCCCUAGACAUUCAGGGCAGAAGGAACCAUUCUCAUCUCUGCUCAGCACCUGCAUAGCAUGGGCUAGAGGACUUCCCCCCCCUCCCACCCCACAUUAUUGCAUCUAGCUCACAGCUUGAGUGUGAUGGUUAGAAAGAGACACCCAGUCUUGAUUUAAAGGCUCUAAGUUGUGGAGAAUGUACCCCGGCCCUCAGUGACCAUGGGACUUGGUGAUGUGCAGACACAUUCUCUAGGCAACUGCUCCCCCAGGGCCAUUCAUAUAUUCAGCCCAGGAGGCCAGUAACUUGUGACCCGAAGGAUAAUCUCAGCCCAGUGAGUGCUGUUUCUUAGCAAUCGAGACAGACUAGCACCUCGGGUUGAGUCUCUGGCAAGUGGCCUGUGGUCUUGCCUGAAAUUCAGCCUGAGCUGCUCAAGCUGAGCUGUGGGCGGAGGCACAUCCCUUCCCCGGAACAGGAAGCUGCCAAGGGACCCCCCUCGCCCAGGACCACACAGGGAGCAGAAGCCCCCAUCUGGGAAGCUGCCCUGCCUCGUGCUGCGGACUGAAUCUGCGCUGCUGUCCCUGCAAGCUGUGAAGAGCCAAGCCAAGACCUGCAAAAGAAAUAUGCAACUGUACAGCCAGAAGAGGUGGCUGUAGAGUGGGGGGAACGAACCAUGGUGCUGCAAUGCUGCCUUAUUACCUCUGCCAACGGAGCAGCCUGGAGCGUAUGAGGCAAGGGCACGGGUUGGCCAAAUCAUUGGGUACGUGGCUGGACUCCAGCCCAUGAGCACCAAACAGAGUCAGUAUGUGUAACCAGGGGAAGGGAGGGGGGGCAUGUUUAACCCCGCCUCUGCUGGUGCCUGCGGUGCCCUUGUCCUGCAUAAAUGUUCCACUGAUAUGCGUUCAGGGACUGCCAAGGCCUGCACCGCUCUCCAGCGAGCAGGGAGGAAAGCCGAACUGGAAACACAGUCCUGGCCCCACCACACUCCCUGCUGUGGAGUGCUGGGCUCCGACUAGCACCGACCCCAGCUCCCCAUGGGCUGGGAUAGGUCAAUCCGUGUCCAGCUCCAUGACUUGGAGAGGUGCCUGCUGCUAAGAGAGAUGCAUCCCUGGCCUCUGCCCACUGUGCCCGGGUUUGACGUCACUACCGUUCGUGAGCUGGGUCUCAUGAGCAUCUGUAACCAGGCAGUUCUGGACCAGGUCUCUCAGCCUCCAAGGGCCUGUCAGAACCCCGGACCCUGCUUACACUUCCGGGGAUCCAGAGAACUUCACCCAGGGA